AUGUCGGAACAAGCAAUGGACGACGUCUCCAAGUUUCUGCAAGACGUCAAGGAGAUGAAUGCUCGUCGCACCGAAGAAGACGACGCCCGCCAACGCGAACUCGACGAGAAGAUCCAGCAGGAGAAGAGGGAACGCCAGGCCCGCCGCGCCGAACGCGCUCGAUCCAUUUCCCCUCAGAAAUCAUCUCCGGCCAAUACCCCACCACCUUCGUCUCGAGGCAACAGCACCGCGCAACUUUCCGAUGACCUGAGACUGUCCUCUCCUGGCCUCGAACAAACCGGCAGCCCUCGUCCCCACUCUCGCUCACGCGCAACACCGGCCCCCGACGCCAUGGAGAGCUUGUCGACCUCCCCCACCAAGGAGAACGAUUCCCCCCUCGACGCCGACAACAAGCCAUUCAGCAUGACGUCUCCAACCGGCGGCGGCGUGCAGGGAGCCCGCCCGCUGUCGUGGCAGAGACGCCCCAACUCGCAGCAUUCCGAUCGAUCCAAGAGCCGUCCCUUGUCCGUUGUCGCCGCGGAGAAUGCGGCCAGGACCUCGCCGAACCCCACGUCCGACCCCUCCUCCGCCACCGAACAGAACUUCUCUAGGGACCAGAUCUCCCAGGCACUGGGCUCCAAAGACCCUGCUUGGUUCCGUCAGACCCCCGAUCGUGCAAGCGUUGGCUCCGCUGCCAAUCGCAAGACCCAGGUCGAGGAUACCGACACCACCGACAUGUCCUCCAUGCGCGCGCACCAGCUUCCUGGCUUGAGCCGCAGCUCCUCAACGGACCUGCCGCCCGAACUUUCCAGUCCGACCAAGGAAAACAGGCUCGGUUCCCCACUCUCGCUGUCCAGUGCCCAGAGGCUUGACCCUCCGGCUGAAAUUUCAUCCGAGAACGACACAGUCGCACAGCGCCGCAUGUCAGUCUUGUCCUCGGGCUCAGGUCGCGCGUCCCCCACGAGACCCGUCUCGCCUACCAAGGGUAUGGGCGGCUUCGUCCAGAGUGCCAUGAUGAAGAGGUCAGACAGUGUCAAGAGAUGGAGCGUGACGUCGCCCCCGGGGCUCGUACGCGCUGAUUCGGCUACCACGAGCCGGGUCGGCGAGCCUAGGUCCCGUCCCCAGAGCAUGUUCAUGCGCGACGGCGCAGCUACGCCCACCGGCUCGUCCCACUCUCGCUCUCUUUCUCGUCCCGCGUCCCGACCAUCCUCUCGCCCUUCCUCCCGCCCUACUUCGCGCCACAGCAACCAGGAAUUCCAGGACGAGACCGAGACCACGCCCAAGGCCCCCGCCACAGCCCCGCCGACGUCAGAAGCCAAGCCCGACACCCGAGACGAAGAAGAGGAAAAGGUGACGCCGCCAUCCAGCCCUUCAAAGACCAUGGACACUAGGAGGUGGAGCCCUACGAAGGCGAGCUGGUUGGAAACAGCGUUGAACAAACCUGAGGCACCGAAGCCCAAGCCUCCACCAACGGCUAACCAGCCAGCCUGGAUGGUUGAGCUCAACAAGGCCAAGGCGCACAAGGCUGCCAAUCCCAGUGCUGAUCUUGGUCGAACUGGCUCCGUGGCAUCCAACAAGCAUGAAGUCAACAUCGGUGGGCUCAUGCGGUCGUCGCCCAUGGGCGGCCAAGAAGCGAAGCCGUCCGUCGGUGGGCUCAAGGGCAUCUACGCACCAGUAAAGACUCACAAGACAGGCGGCAGCAUCAGCAGCCCGAGUUUCCGCGGCAGCACCAUCAAGAGCCCAACGAGUGAGGAGAAGCCGGAAGAAACGCCCGCUCCCGUGGAAAUCCCGAAACGACCAACUGUCAGUGACACUCCGGCCGUGACCAAGGUCAAGCCCGAAACACCUCCAAAGAAGGAUUUCAGAGCUGGCCUCAAAUCUCGAAACGUCUCCGGAGAUGCUGCGUCUUCCAAGGACCCAGCCAAUGAGUUGCAGAGCGUCUUCGGCAAUCUGCGCCGGACAAAGACGCAAAACUACGUUGCGCCGGAUGAACUCAAAUCGAACAUCUCCCGUGGCAAAGCAUCCCUGAACAUUACGGGUGGCCCAAAGCCGAGUGAUCUCAAAGAUGAGUUCAAGGAGGCGAUAAUGAAGAAAAAGGAAGACUUUAAAGCUGCUCAGUCCCAAGGCAAAGGCGUAACUCGGGCCAAGUCCAAUGCUUCGGAAAACCCCGUACCCGAGGCCCUGUUGAAGAGACAUGCCCUGAGCAAGUCAAUCUCGGGCAGAUCAGAAGCGACAUCGCCUUCCGCCAUUGAACACCGCAAAUCUGUCAGCGAACGAUCAAAGCUUGUGACCAAGGACGAGCCGAGCGAGUCCAUCCCCUCGCUUCGCUCCCCGUCGAUCAAGUCCCCGACAAACAAAUCACCUGACGUUCAGUCUCCGACAGAGCCGAGGCCUACGACGCCAACUCUUCAGAAAGAGACCAACGCUCCUGCCCGGCUCCAAGGACGUGCCGCUGCUGGUGGCUUGGCUGGUCGGUUCAACCCUGCGCUUGCGGGAAUCCUGGCUCGUGGCCCUCCCCCUAUGGCUUCUACCGGAGGACGUGAGGCCGAAAAGUCGGAGGAAUCCGGCGGUGCAACCACCGAGCCCACGGCCCCGGGACCACAACUGACGCACAUGACCAAGGGCCGUGCUCGCGGCCCGAAGAGAAAGGCCCCAUCGUCCAAGGGCCUGUCCAACGCCGCUCCCGCCCCAGAGCCGGCAAACGAGCCCAAGCCUAGCCCAGUAGUGGCCUCACCUGUGAAGGAAGAGCCACCUGUUGUCGCCGAGGAACCAAAGAGCCCCCAGCGGGAAGCUCCGACGUCCAUCCAGGCCCAGAUAGCUGCCCAGGCAGCUGCCAAGAACAGGCCAGCGCCUCUCAAGUCCUUCGGAAAGCCUGCUGAGGCUCCGGUCGAGAAGCCCAUUUUCCCCGCCAAAGAAGAAGAGCCCGUUCCAAAGCGCAGAUCUCGGUCUCCUACGAUGAAGCUCCAAUCCUCUCCGAUAAAACAACUCGAGGAGAAGCCCAACGAGCCCGCUUCUCAGCCCAGUUCACCCAAAAAGCUGGACAUGAAGAGAGUGUCCAUGUUCUUUGAAGAAAAGAACCAAGAGACGCCCAAGCCAGAGAGCCCCAAGAGGGAGAGCUUGAAGAUGGAUAGCCCGAAGAGAGAGGAGCCAAGGGCGGAUAGCCCAAAGAGAGAGGAACCAAAGGCGGAUAGCCCGAAGAGAGAAGAACCUAAGACGGAGAGCCCGACGAGGGACGAUGAGCUCAAGAGACAAAGCUCGGCUACAAUGCCCAGCAUCAAGCCUAAGCCGGUUUUUGAGAAGUCCUUCAGUCCCCCACCACAGAAGACUGAGGAAGUCUCUCCUGUCAAGACCUUCGGGCGCCCCCUGCCUGAACCGACGUCAAGCCCUGCAAAGAAGUCGUUUUCUGAUAGCGUGGAUGAAUCUUCCCCUCCUGCCAGGACCUUUGGACGACCCUUGCCCGAACCUACACCUAGGUCGCCUAUCCGGUCUCCUGUACGGUCGCCGUCCAAUGAUCAAGCGGACAGCCCACAUGUGGCGCCUCUCAGAACUUUCGGACGGCCCUUGUCAAGGCCCAGCUCACCUCAGAAGUCGAACGACAAGGUCGAUAGCGAGCCAGUGGUAUCCGUCAGGAAUGCUGCGGCGAUGUUUGGUGGUUCUGUCGUUCAGUCACCACCUCUUGAGAUACGGUCGCGAUUUGACAACCCUGCGUCCCCGGUCCAAAGGUCCAGCACCCCUCCUUCAAGGGGCUCUGCCAGGCCUUUGCCAAUCCCGCCGAAACCUUCGUCCCCUACGCCUGUCGCUUCGCCCGUCCGAUCCCCGACCAAGUCGAGCUCGGAAGUCUCGGCCUUGCUGGACGACUUCUUUGGCACACAGCGACCGCAAAGAGAAUACCGUCUUGACACUGCCGAGGUAUUGAUGAACAAGCCCCGUGUCCGCGAUAUCCAAAGCCAGGGCGCAAGACUCUUCCAGAUCACGGGCGAUGGCAAGAAAAUCCCCGUCCCGGCGCAUAAUGAGCGCAUCCUGUUUGAACGGGAAAUGUAUAUCUGCGCCAACGUCUUCACCAACGAGGCCGGCAGGAAGGAAACGGAGGUGUACUUCUGGGCCGGCGAUGAAGUACCGGAAGCUACCAUGGAAGAUGCUGCUCUGUUUAUCAACCGUGAGGCUCGCUCUCUCGGCGGCAAAGUCGUCAAGAUGCGCCAGGGCAGAGAGACGCCGGAGUUCAUCAUGGCGCUUGGCGGCAUGAUCAUCACCCGCCGCGGCACCGGUGCCAAGUUUGACUCGUUGGCGCCCAGCAUGCUCUGCGGCCGCCGCAUGCUCGGCCAGGUCGUGUUCGACGAGGUCAACUUCUCAUCCACGAGUCUCUGCUCCGGGUUCCCAUUCCUCAUUACGCAGUCAGGAAAGUGCUAUCUUUGGAAGGGCAAGGGAAGUGACGUAGACGAGCUGAGUUGCGCCCGCCUCAUAGGUAUGGACUUGAGCCUGAUGGGCGAGCUUCUGGAAAUCGAGGACGGCAGCGAGCCGGACAGCUUCUGGGCCAUCUUCAAUGACGGUACGAAACCGCAUUCCGCCGACCACUGGCGGUUGAAGUCCAAUUACGACAAGUAUUGCCAAAGACUGUUCCGCUCGGACGCGUCUGCAGCCCAACAGGUCUACGAAAUCAGCCCUUUCACUCAAGCCGACCUGGAUCCCUCGGGCAUCUACGUACUGGAUGCAUUCUUUGAGAUGUACAUAAUUGUCGGCAGAACGGCGCAGAGCCAGUACGGUUCCUUCCGCAACGCCCUGGAUUUCGCACAGGAGUAUGCCAUUCUGGCCAGUGGCAUGGAAGACCGCCCCUUCAUCCCCAUCUCGACAGUGGUGUUGGAGGGUAUUCCGAAAGACCUAAAAAGCGUGUUCCGGAAGUGGCGGGACGAGGCCAGCCCGACCAUCAUGCCUCAGAAGACGUCCGGGCUGAAGCGCGGCAGGAGUCUGCGCGUCGUUCCCCUCACCCAUGCACUGCAGGCGAUGAGUGAAUGA